CGCUUGCGGGCGAGCCCGACCGUCGACCGCUGCAUCCAUCGGGGUGGGCAGCAUGGGCAGCGCGUAGCCCGUAAAUAACUACAGUCCAUCCACAUCGACUGUCACCUCCCUUCUGACAUCACGCCAGCAUGUUCGCACGUCCUCUAGCCCGCGCAGCCCGUGCGGGCCGCACUUCGGCGCGCCGCUUCGCCUCUUCUUCGACUUCAGUGGCCGGCUCGAGGCUCGCAACGCGCUUGACGCUCGCCGCGGCCGGCGCGGCAGUUAUUGCGGGCACAACGUACGCCUUCCUGCCCCAGGCACAUGCGGAUGCUUCGCGCAUUACCAAGGCCGGCGAGCGGAUCAUCACUCUCGAAGAGCUCGGAAAGCACUGGCAGGCUGGGUCCCUCUGGGUCGCUGUCGACGGCAAGGUGUAUGACGUGUCUGAGUUUGCCAAUGUACAUCCUGGCGGACUCCGCAUCCUGCUCGAGAAUGGAGGGCGAGACGCUACAAAGCUCUUUCAUGCCAUUCACCCUCCCAAUACGAUCAAGAAGUACACCAAGCAGGUGCCUUGUGUCGGCGUGAUUGACCCCGAAGAGCUUGCGGUGUUGGCUUCGCAGAGGAGUGCCGAGGACGACCGGAUUGAGACGGCGCGCAGGUCCUUGUUUGGUGUCGACUCGGUGGUGGGGCUGUCAGACUUUGAGCGCUACGCCAAGGACCUUCUCCCCUUGCACGCGUGGGCUUACUACUCGACCGGCGCGGAUACCGAGGGUGCCCUCGCCGAAAACACUGCGAUCUUCAGACGAAUCUUCUUCCGCCCUCGCAUCAUGCGUGAUGUGCACGACGUCGACACGUCUACCGAGUUCCUCGGCGUCAAAUCGAGCAUCCCGGUGUACGUUGCGCCCACAGCACGUAAUGGCCUGGGUCAGCCGGAGGGCGAGGUGGCCGUGACCCGCGGCGCUGGUGCGACAGGCAUCUUCCAAGUGCUCUCUCAUUAUGCGUCGCGUUCGCUCGACGAGGUUAAGGCCGCGGCACGAGAGGGCCAGCAGAUUGGGUGGCAGCUGUAUCUGAACCCUGACCGGGAGCGCAGUCGGGAGGCUAUUGAGGAUGCAGUUGCUGCGGGAGCACACUCCAUCUGGAUCACAGCCGAUACGGUGACCCUCGGGAAGCGUGAGACGGAGCGCCGGUUGAACGCCGAGGCCAACCCGGCUCCAAAUGGCAAGCCGCUGAGCCGCGAGCGCCAGCGUUUCGGCUUUAGUGCGCAUGACACUCGCAUGUCGUGGGACGACAUUGCCUUCGUGCGGAAACACGCGCCGGGCUUGCCCGUGAUCGUCAAGGGCGUCGGGGCGUGGGAGGAUGUUGUGCUGGCAUACAAGUAUGGUGCGGACGCCGUGGUGCUCUCCAACCAUGGCGGGCGGCAGCUCGACUUUGCACAGCCGCCGAUGAAAGUGCUGUACGACGUGAACAAGAAUGCGCCGCAGGUCCUGCACCGCAAGAACUUCAACAUCUUCCUUGACGGCGGCGUGCGGACCGGCACUGACGUCCUCAAGGCGCUGUGCCUUGGUGCCACAGCCGUCGGCCUCGGCCGCCCCUUCAUCUACGCCGCGACUGGAUGGGGCUCAGACGGCGUGGAGAAGGCCGUGCAGCUGCUCGAGGAGGAGAUCACCAUCGGGAUGCAGCUGCUGGGCGUGACGCGCGUGGAUCAGCUGGGCCCACAGUACCUCGACACAUCCAAGAUCUAGCCGUCUAUAUGCAGGUAUACAUUACACUCGUCCGGGUAUGGCAUUACACAUAGUCUAUCAGAAGCCCUUCUUGUGGAUGAUGUCCGGGUCCUCCUUAUACUCGUCUGC